CAAUUUAACGGCCGAACUGUCCUUAUGGAUCUCCCGGCCCCCAACACUAUCAAUAUCAAUACCAAUACCGAUUUCAAUAUCAAUAACAUCAAUAGAAGCAACACCCCUUGUCACUCAACCGAAAACGGCUCUUUUCAGACCCAACUGACCCGGGAUCUAGGCCCUCAGUUUAGAAUCCUACAACUGAAAGUAGAAGAUAUUAGUCGGGACAAAAGCGAGUAUCUUGCCAAAUUUCCACGGGAAAACAAUAUCUCUGUCCUACUACUACAGGAAACUCAUACCACUGACGCAGACCAACUCCGGCAAAGAGGAUCCAUUUCCGGAUAUUCUAUAGCAGCCGCCACAUACAACAGAAGUUAUGGCACCUCCACAUAUAUACGUAAUGACAUAAUUGAUUGGGAACACGUAUCUACCUAUGAACGCAACAAUGUCACAGCUGCCCACAUAAAAAUUAGUGAAUUAAGCAUCAUAAACGUCUACAAACCAACAAACGAAAGCUGGCUUAACAGCGACCUCACGCCCAUAACCCACCCAGGCGUAAUUGCCGGUGAUUUUAACAGCCAUCACCAAUUUUGGGGCUACGACAAUAAUGACCCUAAUGGAGUUACUCUCAACGAGUGGACAGAACGAGAGAACAUAGCCCUUAUAUUUAAUGCAAAAGACAAAGGUACAUUCAGAUCAUGGGAGAUGGCAACGAGACUACAAUUCGGACCUAUGCUUCACAACAAAAGAUCAUAAAGGCCACACAAUACCAAUUAGCAGAGAAGUCCUCAACGAUUUUCCCCAAUAGCCAACACCGUCCUGU